AUGCUGUUCCUACUACUUAUUGGUUUCUUGACCGUGACAUCAGCUGAUAAAAGAUGUCGCGGGGUGUACAUAGACGAUAGAUAUUACGAUUUGGAUAUUGUUAAGGAAGGAAUAAACAAAUUACACGAUUUAGUCAUCAAUAGGCAAGAAAACGCUGUUUACUUUACAUUCGAGGAUCUAACAGAAGUACCGUCUAGACUUUUAGGUCAUUUAGAUUUGAAUACGAAUAAAGCAACCGUUAUACACGGAAUUCGAAACGCUACCGCCAUAGCUAUAGAUCAAUUCUAUAAUAAAGUAUACGUAGGCGGUUCAGAUGGUCUAUUCAAGAUAAACGAUAAGAAAGUUCCAGAAAGACUGCCAAUACAAGACGAUAUAAAACACAUGCAUUAUAAUAACGGAUUAUACUUCACUAACAACGAAGGAAGAGCAUUCAAAUUUGAAGAUGGCUUCGCGUCACCAGUACCUGAAUUAAGAGAUUUAGAAGUCGAGCAAUUCAUAUUUGACAAUGAUAAUAAUAUAUUUUUCAUACGCGGUAAGAAAUUAUUUACUGUCAAAUUGGGAACAAGAGCUGUCAAUAGUUACGAAAGACAUGAAGCGAAGGCCAUAGCAACGGAUAUAUAUAACAAGGCCUAUUUGUGUGCUAGUGACGGGCUGUAUAUGUAUAAUAAAUAUAAAUUUAUUUUCGAUAAAAAAGGUAAUUUACCGAAUAUUAAAGCUCUGUCAUUCGAUAAAGAGAAUAAUCCCAUUUAUGCUGUCUCUGAUUUGAUUGUCAAACUAAGACUAAGUUCGAUUGGUUGUUUUGAAGAUUAA